UGUCAACGUUCUGCAAUUGCUUUAAUUGCAAUAUUAUCUAAAGUAGAUAAUCGGCGUAAAAAAACUAUGUUUUUAUCUGCACAGUGUCAUAAACAUGCGGCAAACAUCUGAUAACAGCUGAUACGUGACACCUGUUGAAAAUAAACUUGAAGUACCUGUUUUUAGAAUUUAAUUCAUUUUGUAACAUCGAUAUAUUUGUUCAUGAUGUUUGGAAAGCUUUUCUCCGAACUUCUGCCAGUUAUUCGACGUUGCAGAUUCAGGACUGAAUUAAAUUCCGUCGAUGCAUUGAAGUGGAGUAUUAAACGUGAAUAUGGAAAGUCAUCCACUUUGUAUGCCGAAACGAACAGUGCGUUGCCUGUGGACGAGGAACUGCAAGAAAUUUUUCAAUUUAGAGACACCAAGAUUAGCAACUGGAUCAUAGAGAACAAGACACAUGCGUUAUGUGUCAGAUAUACUGAAAGUAACAAGGAGGAUCGCCAGCGAAUUUUGCGCAUACUGGCUUCACAAUAUGCUGUGCAACAUAACAAUAUAUGCCAAGUAGCAAAGAAGUUAGUCUGUACUGAGCCUGAAAAUGAAAGGCAAAUGAUCAAUCAUGAAAGAACCCUGAAAAAUGUUCUUACACCUGCAUAUCAGUGGCUAUUUGUCAUUAUGGGAAGAUUGCAGUAUGGUGUGAAAUUUUUGGUUGAUUUAAGAACGGAUGUUCUUGAACUAAUGUCAGAAGUGAAAGAUUCUGAUGAAAGCAUAGUGAUACAGCAGCUAAAUCACACCUUGCAAGAUUUGUUUUUACUCUGGUUUUCAGUAGGUUUUUUACACAUGGAACGUAUAACUUGGGAAAGUGCGUGUGACAUAUUGCAAAAGGUCUCUGAUUACGAAGCCAUACAUCCUAUGAGAAAUUGGUUGGAUUUGAAACGCAGAGUCGGGCCGUAUAGAAGAUGUUAUAUAUUCACACAUCCAUCCAUGCCAAGAGAGCCUCUUGUUGUGUUGCAUACAGCAUUAUGCGACAUUAUACCAGAUAGUGUGAAAGGAAUUGAGGAAGCUGAAACUAGAAUCCUAGGAAGUGCAAAAAAACAUUUGACAUUCUUAGAAGAAGACAAAUCGAAGAUAAAAGCAGCAAUAUUUUAUUCUAUAGCAUCUACGCAAAAAGGAUUGCAGGGCAUUGAGCUCGGUAAUUACCUUAUAAAAGAAGUGGUCAAUGAGAUCAGAACUGAAUUUCCAGCUGUGCAACAAUUGUCUAGCUUAUCACCGAUACCAAACUUUAAGAGUUGGUUGCUGGAUAAACUGAAACAAGAUGUGGCAUUUAUAUUCACCGCGCAAGAACAUGCGAUUAUGAAAGAUAUUCUAAAAACAGAAGAGAUAGUAUCAGUCCUGAAAAAAGUUCUCAGUACUUCAUUAUGGACAGGAGAUAAGCAGUUGUCAGAAUUUUUGAAAGAUCCAUUACUCCGAGCAUGUGCUUGGUACUUGUACAAAGAGAAAAGACGCGGUUAUGCUUUGAACAAUGUCGCUAAUUUCCAUUUACGCAAUGGAGCUAUGAUGUGGCGAAUAAACUGGAUGGCUGAUCCUUCACCGCGUGGAGUAGCGAAUAGUUGCGGUAUAAUGGUCAAUUAUAGGUAUUUCCUAGAUGAAUGCGAAAAAAAUAGUCGAAAUUACAUUGAAAAUUUUCUUAUAAAUACUUCGGAAAAUGUAAUUAAUCUUACCACGAGAGCGGAAAAAUUAAGAACUGCAUUGUAAACAUGUGACAGAAUUGUGAGAAAAAAUUACAACACAAAUCGUGACUACGAGCAAACGAAUAUCUUGUAAUCACAGAAGAAGAGUAUGGAGAAACAAUUGGAAAGUGCAAUCAUGUUAAAACAAUUUUGAAAACAUGGAAUUACUUAGAAUUUCUUUUCCACAUAUUUCUACCAAUGCUGACGCGAAUAUACUUUCCAAAUUUUUAUAUAAAAAAAAAGGAAGAAACAGAAAAAAGGAAGAUGAGUACACACCUGUAGUCAAGGCUGAGUUUGGUGAAAGUUCGCGGGAAGAUGAGGUCUACUUUCUAGUUUUGUGUAAUCCAAAUGGAAUUCCUUAGCUACCUUUCUCCAGUUUUGCGCAUCAAAAUAAUAAUAAGUACCACGUUCAUA